AUGCUUAUCUACCGUGCUUUGGUUAACCCGUGUUUACGUUCCUCCAUUAUUAUUCCAACAAAUACUUUUCGCAUUUAUCUCAUCUGUGAUGUAAUAUAUAGCUGUAUUUUUAUAAUAUUUUCGAUAAAUUUCUUUCCCAAAGAUACGUAAUUGUAACUGCUAGUCAUCCAAGAUAUUCACAAAUGCCAGACUACGUGGAAACCAAUUUCGAUGAAAGAAGCGGAAUCGUGCCCUGUACUACACCUUGGGGCAGAUGGUGGCAGACAGUAGCGGAAGUUCAUGUUGAAGUGAAAGUGCCGGAGGGAACGAGAUCUAAGUUUAUUCAAGUGACUGUUCGGCCAUCACACCUUAAAGUGGUCGUUUUAAAUGAAGUAAUAUUUGAGGGACCAUUAUUUUCUGUUGUGAGAAGCGAUGAAUCAGUGUGGACUUUGGAGGACAAGAAACUAAUACAUUUAGUUUUAAGUAAGGCAGAUGUUUGCAGCAAGGAGACAGUAUGGGAAGGACUGUUAAAGGAAGAGUUCUUAGCUGAUCCAUGGACAGUACAUGAAAUGAGAAAGAAAUUAGAUUUGGAGCGCUUUCAAAUUGAGAAUCCAGGGUUUGACUUCAGUGGUGCGUCUUUACAAAAAGGAUAUGACCAUGUGCCAGGGACUGCCCUGCAAAAAUGGGAAGAGAAGCAGAAAGACAUUGCAGAGAAGAAGCAGGGAAGCAGCCAAGGAAGUGAAGGGGAACACAGUCAAGAGAAGAGCUGAUUGUUUUUAAGUAACACAUCUUUGUAUUUUUGGAAAGACUUCUGUAACAUGCUAUUUAUGACUAACAUGGCAAAUAUAUUCCAAGUGAAAUUCUUUUUACACAUGAUGCUUUAGAUCUUGAUAUUUAUUGAUACAGUAUUAAUUUAUGUACAGUAGUUAAAGUGUAAAGUACAGCUAAGAAGUUGAAUGUUUUUGAUAAACACCAUGUAACAGAGAGAGAACAGGAAGCUUUGUGCUAUUUAAAACUAGCUGGAAGGGAAAUUUGUUUUAAGAGGAUUCAUGCACUGUGCCAUAAUCAAAAGUACAUAAAUAAUUUAUUCCAUGGUAUUCUUUGGCAUUAAGGAAAAAACCCAAAGCUAUAUAACUCUGAAAAAAUCUAUAGGUUAAAAGCAAUAGUAAAUACAUACUGUGGCCCCCCAUAUUUGAGAGGGAGGGGUACCCCUAUAAAAAUGCUUAAAACGGACUAUUAUUUUGUUAGUUAAAACUCAAGAAAAACCAACUAAACAUUUUUAUACCUGGUUUUUUUAAGUGUCAUCACGAAAAGUGCAUUUUAUGAUGAAAUAAAAAAAAACCAUGAAUUUGUGGAUGUUUGUCAUAGAAGAAUACUACGAAUAGGCAAAUUUCCCGCGAAUGAUGGGAAGUUAUGGUCCAGAGAGAAAUCUGGGGCCCUCUGUAGUUUCAAAAUGGUCAAGUUUUUAAAAUGUAUAUCCCAAUAGCUUUUUAGGUUACUAGUGUGGUUGCUGGUGUCCAGGAAAGCUAUUUUGAAAGAUGUCGUAUCAGACUCUCUCUUCUCGCUAGAAAAAAGAUACGAGUUAGUGACUGCGAGGUGGAAAGUUGAUCAAGGACUGGGAUUUUGAAUUUUGAAAUUUUGAAAUGAAGAUUUUACAUGUUUAUAAGAUUGUAAAGUUAAUGUUGACUGCCUCUUGGACAUCUUUCAGAAUAUGUCAUUAUCUGCUUGCAAUUUUACUGGUAUCUGAAGCUGAAUAGCUAGCAUGUAUUUUUGCUGAUGACUAAUGUUAUUUAUAACGUGAAAAAUGAAGAUCUUUGUGGUGAAAUACUUACAUUCAAACUAGCAAAUAAAGUAUGAUUUUAAUUUCGUGUGUGUUUAAACACGGUUGUGCAUCUGCUGCUUUGCUCUCCUUAGCCAGCUACAUUAGUUGAAAUUUCUGUUAAAAUGUUCCAGCUUGAUGACAGACCCACAGAAACAUACUGCAGUCAGCCUUUUUAUACAUCAGUACUUUAUGAAAUUAGUCAUUGUAUACUGUAACUUGUUGCAACGCCUUUCCUUGGAACACUUGUUAAUAGCAAUGAAAACUUGGCAUUUUACAUUGUCUGAUUAAUCUGUUCUUGAAAAAAGCAUUAGUAGUGGUAUUAUAGUUUUCUCUUAAUGUUCUUGAGAACAAGAUUAUACACUUUUAACAAUAAACUAGUUUGUCAGUUU